CCUUCCUCCAGCUCCGGGGCGCAGGGAUCUGUGCUGUGCUGAGGCUGAGCUGAAUGAGAUUGAAGAAGAGUUCUUCUUGUUUUGUAGCUUCAGUUUCUCUGUUUUUACACAAAUUUACUAAAACUAAAUAUAAAAUAGAGCAACAAAAUAAAGCUCUGUGGGAAGGAGUCAGCCGGACCGGUUCUAUGCUGUUAUUCCAUCGUGGAUCGGCUUCUUAUAGAUAUAUAUUUAAUUAAUCUAGAGGAGGACUGCUGCUGAGGCAGCGCUGAGGGGUGGAGUCCAGUCCCACAGCCAGGUGCGGCACUUUAAUGCUUCAGUUGGAUGGUUUUCCUACUGGAGACGGUGUUAAGGCUGAUCGAUCGGCUGGCAGACUGACUGGAUCCAUGAUGGAAUUACAGACGUUACAGGAGGCUCUGAAGGUGGAGAUCCAGAUCCAUCAGAAACUGGUUGCCCAGAUGAAGCAGGACCCUCAGAACGCAGAUCUGAAGAAGCAGCUCCACGAACUUCAAGCAAAGAUCACAGCGCUCAGUGAAAAACAGAAAAAGGUGGUGGAGCAGCUGAGGAAGGAGCUGUUGGUGAAGCAGGAGCCGGAGGCAAAGCUGCAGCUGCACGUCCAAACUCCUCCUGUAGGUGGCGACAUCAAGCCAGCCAACCUGCUGCAGAGCCAGCAGAUACCUGGAGGACUGCAGCAGACCCUGACAGUCACGCCGGUUCUCACCACGAAGACUCUACCUCUGGUGCUGAAAGCUGCCGCCACACCCGCCCUGCCCGGCUCUGUCCUGCCACAACGCCCGCCCACUGUUGCUAUGGUAACCACAGCUAUCACCAAACCCGACUCGCAGAACGCCCCCAUCAACCUGCAGGUGGCCAGCAAGCUGACCAAUCAGAGCUCGGAGCCUGUUCGACUGGUAUCCAAGAACGCCAUGGUGGUGCAGGCCACCACCACCACCGCCCAGCCAAUCAAAGUUCCUCAGUUUGUCCCUCCUCCUAGACUGACGCCUCGUCCCACCUUUCAGCCACAGGUCAGACCAAAACCGGCCACACCCACCAACGUCCCCAUCGCCCCGGCCCCUCCUCCGCCCAUGAUGGCGGCCCCCCAGCUGCUCCAGAGGCCCGUCAUGUUGGCAACCAAGCUGUCGUCCUCGCUGCCCUCAGCAGCUCCCAUUCACCAGGUCCGCAUCGUUAACGGACAGCCCUGCAGCAAGACCGGCUCCACCCCGCUGACGGGCAUCGUCAUCACCACGCCAGUCUCUGCUACCCCCACCCGCCUCGCCAGCCCCGCCCAGGCACCCAACCCCACCGCUAUCACCACACCUAUUCUUACUCAGCCAAUCCAGAUCAGCAGCCUGACCACUGAGCCCAAGCUGCUGUUGUCUCCUCCUCUCUCCUCCCAGCAGACUGUUAAAUCAGGAGGUGGAGCAGAGCUGAAGGCCGUUGUCAGCCUCCCCUCUUCCUCCACUCCUCCCUUGUCUCCUCCUCCCAGACCCAAGAAAGAGGAGAACCCAGAGAAACUGGCCUUCAUGGUGUCACUGGGCCUCGUAACACACGACCACUUGGAAGAAAUUCAGAGCAAAAGACAGGAGAGGAAGAGGAGAACAACGGCCAACCCGGUGUACAGCGGCGCUGUGUUUGAACCAGAGAGGAAAAAGAGUGCAGUGAGUUACCUGAACAGCCCUUUGCACCAGGGGACCAGGAAGAGAGGUCGCCCACCCAAAUACAGCAGCGUCCCGGAGCUGGGCAGCCUCACCCCGACCUCCCCCUCCAGCCCCGUCCAUCCCCUCCCCCUGCCCAGCCCCAGCUCUGGGGAUGGAGACAUCCAUGAGGAUUUCUGCACUGUGUGCAGACGCAGUGGCCAGUUGCUCAUGUGCGACACGUGUUCUCGUGUUUAUCACCUGGACUGCCUGGAUCCACCCCUGAAAACCAUUCCUAAAGGCAUGUGGAUCUGUCCAAAAUGUCAAGAUCAGAUCCUGAAAAAAGAAGAAGCCAUUCCCUGGCCUGGUACUCUGGCUAUUGUUCAUUCCUACAUUGCUUAUAAAGAAGCUAAAGAAGAGGAGAAACAGAAACUGAUGAAAUGGAGUUCUGAACUGAAACUGGAGCGAGAGCAGCUGGAACAAAGAGUCAAACAACUCAGCAACUCCAUAACGAAAUGCAUGGAGACCAAAAACACCAUCCUGGCUCGUCAGAAGGAGAUGCAGCUGUCCCUGGAAAAAGUCAAACACCUGAUUCGCCUCAUCCAAGCCUUCAAUUUCAACCAAGCGCUGGCAGAGACAGGGGGUAAGGCCAUCAGCCCCAGAGUCCAGGACAGUGCUGACACUGCACCAGAGGCCAGCACUGUGGAGAAGGUGACGGCCGGGAGCUCCUCAGCCAGCAGCAACACCGAUGGAAACGACAAACAGGAGGAGCAGGGAGCCGCAGGGAAUAACCAGACAACAGGAGCCGCGGGAGGAGACGACGACAGCCCGGCCGUCCUCGAGGACAGCCCAGUCCUCGCAGCAGAUAAGAGCCCCGAUGUAGGGGCCGGGGUUAAGGCAGAGCCCAGUGUCGGGGCAGCUGCCGGGGGAGGGGGUGACACAGGGACUGGUCUCCAGGCGGAGGCUGCUCCUAAACCUGAGACUGAGGCACCUCCAAUGGUUGACACUCCUGCUUCCUCAGUGGUCGUGACUGUCGCCACCACCAACGGAACAGCUGAGCUGGCCUGCGCCGAUCACAGCCCCGCAGGAGGCUGCGCCACCAACGCCACCACCAACUCUGAGAACAAGAUGGCUGCCGUCAACCCUCCAGAGACAGCGGUGGAGAAGAAACAGGAGGAGAUCUCUGACAGUGACGGCAGCAACAACAACAACAACAGCAAAACCUCAGAACCCUCCCAGCAUUCUUUGCCAGCUCUCGUCAGCAGUUUGGACAAUAAAAAGUAAUGCUAUGUCUCCUGAGUUGCGGGAAUUCAAACAUAUAUAUUAAAAAAAAGUAAGACUUUUGCUUGCACCGUGUGGUGCCCUGAAGUUGCCAACCUGUAUAAAUGUUGUUUGUUUGCAUUGUAUUGUCAGACUGUGUCAAUGGUAGAUAUACAGCCCAAGUCACAUGACUCUGGGAAGACGUAGGCUGCUCCACCCACAGAGCUGGGCUGCAGAAGGCCUGCGCACCAGUGUCAUCAUGCCAAUUAGUGAUAGACGUCAGUGGUGGGAAUGCUCAAAGGGAGAUUUAAUUCAUCAUCACACCAGUGUGUGCCUGUUUUAGUGGCCCCUGUGUUCUCUUGUGGGGGGGAGGUGGGAUCACAUGGGUUCGGAGAAAACUGAGAACAUGAAACCAAACAUCUGUCAGGGGUUACUGGUCUGAAAAGCAGUGUUGUGAUAGCGUAUGCGUACUGAAGAGAGAACCUGUUCAUCCCCUCGUCCCAACGGACUUAAUGUGAAAAACCUUUAACUUCUGCAGUCCCCCGACCCCGAUCUCCCCCAAACCUUCAGCAGUAAUUCUUACGUAUCUCAGCACACUGACCUCUAACCCUCCUCCAGUCUUAAACCCUGAUGUUUGUUUCAUCCCCAACAAACAACUUUGGCCAAAAACAACUCAAAUCUCUCCAGUCCCUCUUCAGAUAUAAAGUCCCAGAGGAUCAGUACACUUCAAACCACAUGGUCCUGCGCAGUAGGAACGCAUCUCGAGGCAAAAGUGUUUGAGCUGGUUAAAAAAGCCUGCCUUCAGAGUGAGGAUGUAAUUCAUCCUACAUUUAGAAUGUAGGACUGCGUCUCCUCUAACAAACUCACGGCAUUGCAUUUGUUUGUUCACAACUUUGACACGUCGAGCACUUUCUAACCAGCAUUCCAAACUUUCCAGUCAGCCAAUCAUCUGAACCGUCCUCAGACAACGAAGGAAUCAACCUUGGGGUCCAGCAGCAGUUACCUUCCCUCCUAACUGAAACCCACAUUUAUCUUCAGCAGUCCGAUGACUCAACAUAUCCUCCUCAUUACACCAAGUCUGGGCAAAGUGUCAUCCAACCAAAAGCAGCCUGGAAAUGUGGAGGGGCGCCAUUUUCAGUUUCUGUUUGAGGUGUACUGAUACCUUUUAAUGAUUGGCUCGUGUCCACAACGUUUUUUUUUUCCUGAGCGCCGGUGUCUUUGUUCGAUUAUUCCCAAAGAGGAGUGAGCGUCUGCUCCGAGCUCUUCAAGUUAACAUCUCUGGUCUUCAGAGAAGCUCUGGUGACGUCAGCGCAGCUCUUCUUCUUUCUGCGGGCCUCGGAAUGAUUAUAUUCACUGUAGGAUGAUGUCAGCGCCCACAUCCUCCCCGCUCUGAUGUCCAGAUGUGGAAUACAAAGUUGAGAGUAAACCACAAAGGAUCAGUGUUCAUCGUACAGCAGCGGUCCAAACCCUUCAUCUCAGAACUUUUCUGCCCCUGAAAGAACCACUGUGGACACGAGCCUAACCAGCCUGCGACUUAAAACAUGCUCAUUCAACAAAAACACAUCGACCAACAGCUUUCCCCAAACAUUCCCUCCUCUGUCCUCCAGCAACCCAGUGUGACCUCCCUAACCCAAGUACCAACCCGACCCGCCAGCAGUCCCAGCCCCCCCGGCUCUUGUACCCUGAGCUCAGGCAGAGAAUCCGCUGAGCGUCACGUUCAGCAGGAAUGAUGGAGGACGAGGUGGAACAGGCGCGGUAGCCUAACAGAUGUUUUCAGUGGUGUCGGUCAAGUGUAGUGAUUGAGUUUUCAUUCGUGAGUUAAGUGUGUCAACUGUGAGCACUAAAUGUGAAAUUGCAAUAUUGCAAUGUCAACACACACAAACUAUAUCUGGGCUGUGUUUCUUUUUUAUAGGAAAAGAUAUUCAGGUCUUCCUAGUCUUCAGAAUAAGUGCUUUCUGUUCCUGAACCUGCUGGACUGGCAUUAUCAACACAAAAGGAAUCCUCUUUUUGAAGUGGUGAUCUUUGGAUUCUGUACAUUUCUGUUGAAUCCUGAACUGCCAAAAUGAUGUUGUAUCCAAAUUCAGCAGGGACAAGUCCACUUACUGUUUCGAAAGAUCAAAUCAUUGGCGUUGUAAGAUAUAGAUUCGACCAUUUCAGAAAUUGGAAGUCCCCAGAUUGAGACAGGAGAGCUUAUUAAACAAUAACAUCACAGGAACUUUUAUUCCUUGAAACGGAGGAUUUGUCGUAUGAACCUGCUCCUUCAGACGGAUCUCAAAGGACAAUACCACAAAUCCUGAGAUUAAAGCACAAGCUUGCUGCAUCACAAAGAAGUGCUGAAGAGCUUUUUGUAUGUUAAUAUGGAAUUAAACAGAGUAUGCAUCUCUUUGUUGUGAUGUGACUUAUCCCCACAUUGCCAAUAUUUUUCUAGGAGGGAAUACAAACCUCUGUCUGACAUUUAGUCUGCUGUAGUUGAUAUUUUUGGGAAGGAAUCGCUGGGCUUGUGUCUCAGAAACCACUUCAUCCCCUCACAGUUAGAACGGUGCAUCUCUUUUCUUUCUGGAGCAUGUCUGGGCUGGAGUGUGAUGCUGUUAUUCGUUGGCUUGGUGGCUGUCAGUUCGGGUCUGUCUUUGUCUGGUGAACUGAUCAUGACUUCUGGCUUCUUGUUGGGUACGGGGCAUUAACAAACUCUGGUCUGUUCAUUAACGGUGCCUCUGGUUGUGCUGCAAUGUUUUACUUUCUUUUUUUGCAAUUUUCAAGUGUUUUUAACUUAAAUUGUCCAAACACGUAUUCAACCCUGAGACGCUCUGGAGGUUUGUGUUGAAGGUGUUCAAGUGUCAACUCUUUAACCUGGAGGGUUUUCAUCUAAAAGUGAUCUGAAAAUGAUUUUAUUUUCUCUUUUCUGUCUGUUCACGGGAGAUUUGUAGCCAUGCUAGCAGCAUGACUCUAAAAAUGACAGUGUCCGCCUGGCAGUCGAUCCACCGGACUGAAAUAUCUCAACAACUUUAAGAGGAAUGCUCUAAAAUGUUGUUCAGAGGUUGACGUUCUCAUUUUCAUAUGUUGCCACUAUGAGGUUCCAUUUUUUGGCUUUUAGUGAACAACCUCAACAACUGUUGGAUGGAACUGACAACAACAUGUUGAUGUGUUCAAUACUUUAUGACCUUUUAACACCUGCAGAACUGAAGACGCUCACUCUGUUUGCAUCUGAUCGGUUAAUGUUAGCAUGCUAACACGCUGGACCAAGAUGGUGACCAUGGUGGAGACUACACCUGCUCAACAUCAGCAUGUUAGCAUGUUGGUGUUAGCAUAUAGCUGAGCUGAACAGAGCUGCUAGCAUGGCUGUAGGCUGGUUGUCUGCUCACAUCCUGAUGAGACAGGUGAUUUUAUCGCUGUGUGCACAGACCUGCAGUGACGUCCUGUGUCAGCAGCACUCAGGUGCACAUGAUGGUGGGUGUGAAUACGUGGUUGGGUCACAUACAAUAAGCUGGUACAGGUGUCUUUUGUUUUCAUAUCAUAUGGAGUCAAACUGAAUCAACAUAUCUGACACAACACCUAAUUUUCUGACAUCAGCUGUACAAACUGCCUUCAUUCAGAGGAUCCCAGAAAAAGUAAUCAGAGAAAAUCUCUGCAACAUGUCCACGUUUGGCCGCAGUGUUGUCUGAUCAAUGUUUUUUGUCUGUUCUUAAGAGUUUAGCCAUUCGAACAUGGAAGGAAAAGACUGAAAUUCUACCACAAAAUGGCAACUAAGAUCUCCCCAAUCCCUCAUGAAUUCCAUUAGCUGUGUGUUUAGUUCUUCGUUGGCGUUACUCGGGUGGAUGUUCUUCUGCUUUCAGCGUAUUAGCCCGUGUUCACUCGUGGAUCGAGCAGAGUAGUCAUCCAGUCGCUUCACUCAACCAGUUUUACUUUGAACGAGCCCGAACUUGUGUUCCAGACAACCUGGACCUUUCCCUCUGUACAGUAGGUACCUCGAGUGCCUUUCUUCAAACAGCAGAUAAUAUUUGUCUCUUGACUUGCACUGUGACUUGUAGAACCUUACUAACCCUCCAGAUAAUCCUCCCACCCCACCUGCCCUCCUCCGUCUGGUCUGUCUCAUCCCACCAAGCUCCCCGAAACUCUGGAGCACAACCGGUCCCUCCACCUCAGGCUGCCAGUAGUCAAUGCAAGUGGAAUUUACAUUUCCUAUUAUGCCAUUUAGAUUGACCAGCUAGUGUUUUGUUGUUGUUAUAUAGGAGCUGCCUUAAAUGUGUUUUAUUUUCCUUUUUACGUGAUUUAACUUUUACAUUAAGAAAAAAAAGAUCACUGCAGACGCUGGCGGAGCUCUGAGGUCGCUGUGGUCAAUAAGAUGCUCCAAAGAGGGAUUGUUGAUGAUGGGAUGUCGCUCGGUGUGACAGCCAGUUGUUUUGUGAUGCACUUUUGGUUCGACCAGUAUUAUUAUCAGAGUGUAGAAAUGUCAGCAACACGAAUCGCAGUCACGAUUCUCCCUCCAGAUCUGAGUUCCUGAGCGGUGUGUUAGUCCCGGAGCUCUUUUGUUUUCCUUUGACUUGUUCAUCAUUCCCUCCAUGCUGUGGUUCUUCUUCUUGUGUUUUGGAGGAGGGAUGAGUUUGCUAAAUCAGGUCAUGUGAGCCGGAGCCUGUGUGCAUUUGGAAUGAACAAACGAACCUGCACCCUGACGGGCAGACUUAGACCCAAUUAGCAACAUCUGUCCACUCAGUCUGGUGGAACGCAUGCCUUCUUAUGCAAAUUUUUAUACAAGAUUUGUCAAACCUUUUUAAUAUGCAUUUGCUUUUGUUUUUUAAGUUUUUAUGUGAAACUCAAGUCACCUUUUUAUUCUUUGAACAUUCUGGCACCCUGAUGCCAAGCGUGUGCGGUGUAGGUGUUAAACAGUGCGGUAGCCAUCGGGAAACAUUUCUUCCUGACAUCAUGUUUUACGGACGGAGCUGCGACGGUUUUGGCUCCUUAGUUUAGAUUUUAGUUUGAACUUGGCUAAUGCACCAUGCUGAAUGUUAGGAUCCCAGCAGGGCUGUGGGGCGGGGGGGCACAAUCAAGUCUUAACGUCUCAGUUGUGUCAUUGUUGAGAAAAGUCCUCAGUUUCUACUUAGUGAAGCUCUCAAAGUGAAAUUAUCCAAAGAACACUGCAGUUGUGCAUUUGUGUUUGGAAGCCUUCGUGUAGUUGGUGCAUAUCAUCUGGAAACUAAUUGUUGCAUCAGCAUCGUGUGCAUUCACCAAGCUGGAGGAGGACCGCGGCCCAGAGCGGCUCAGUUUGUAUUCCAGUAAGUCUUUUAUGCAUUCAGGAUGUUCGUCUCCAGUUCCCUCCGCGCUGAAGUGCUUCAGUCCAACUCGAGUCGCUUCAGUUUUUACUUUAAAACGAUCAAGUCAUGAUUGUGGCCUUCUAGUAUUUUGUCGAUACAUGACAUCAACCCGUUGUUACCGCUCACCAUCCAUCCUGUCCGGACCCAACUGUACACCUGAAGCUUCUUACCUCAUCCACAGCUAAUUCCAUUGGGGGUGUGUUGAGUGCAAAAUAAAAGAAAAAAAGAGAAUUAAAAAAUAAAAGAAGUCUUUUUUUAUCUUCCAUUUGGUGAGAUGCAUUGUAGCGAUAUGAAUAAAGAAAAAGUUCACCUGGUGUGCUGAAUAAUGUGUAAAUUGGUAAUUACACAAUCUGAAUAUUUGUAUAAUUGUUUGUAUUUUUUCAUAAUGAUUUUGGAAAGGAAUGUGUUUAUUUUUUUGACUUCUGUUCCAGAUGUGUCUUCUGUUGGCCUGACAUUGUGACUGGUCUGGUGGGAUUCUUACCUCUGUAUUGAGCCUCUUCUGUGAUGAAUUCUUUGUAUGCAGUGUUUAGGAAAUACUGUAGGGAACAUGGGGAGGAGUUGAUAUUAGGAGCAUUUGAUCAAUUUGUAUUUAUUUAUUUUAUCAUUUUGUUAAUAAAUUGUGAAAAGCAGCGUUU